UUCUCAUGCAUGUACAUGUUAUAGCAACAUCAUACCAGAUUGUUUCUUUCUUCAUUGUUAAAUUUUCCGCGAAAAUGAAUACAGAAAACGCUGUUCCAGUGAAGCAACAGAACGUGUCGGCAGAAGCAGAUCAAGGUGGGAAGACGACGGAUACGAGCCGGAAAUACUUACCUUUAUCCCAUGCUAUAAGCCGAGGCGACUUGCAAGGUGUGAAAGACUUCCUGGAUCGCUUCCCAAACGCCUUGACCGCAUGGAUAGACACCGUAGAAACGCCAUUGCUGAAAGCUUGUACGUGUGGACAAGCCGAGAUAGUGAAGGAGCUAUUGCGGAGGAUGACUCCCGAGCAAACCCUGAAUCCGAAAAAGGAUAAGGAGAGUAAUUUAGCCUUCACUCCUCUCACGAUUGCCGCUGUCAACGGGAAUUUGGAGAUCGCUGAUGCCUUGCUCGCAAAGAAUCCUGAGCUAGCCGAGAUUGCAGAUAGCUCGGGGGAUUCCAUACCCGUUAUCACGGCUGCUAUUGCUGGACACAAGGAGAUGGUUCACUUUCUUUAUCAGAGAACCCCUCUCCAUGUUUUGCUUGCUUCCGAAGGAUCCUUUGCUUCAAAUCUUCUUAUGAAUGCCGUUUUCUAUGGAAUGCUCGAUAUGGCGUUACAGCUCUUGGAAGUGAGCCCACGCUUGGCUAUAACCAAACACCCGAGUCUAAAAAUUUCGGCGUUUGAAGUUUUGGCUCUGAAGCCUGAUCUGUUUCUAAGCGGUUGCGAUAUCAGAUCCUGCCAUCGCCUAAUAUACUCUUUUAUAAAAGUUGAGCAGCGAACUGAUCCAACGAAUUCGAUUUCAGAUCUAUGCCAAAGUUUAGGGAUGAAGAUACUUCAAUGUCUCCCCAACUCGUUCGGAGUCAGCAGAAUGUAUGAACUUAAAGAUAUACAUUGCAAAGCUCGUAAAUUUGUACGGCUAGCCUGUAACGAGACCGAUGAUACGUGGAGGGAGACAGCCGGAACUGUGAUUUUGUUGGCGGUGAGAUAUGGAAACAAGGAACUCCUGGUAGAGAUGAUCAAAUCUUACCCCGACAUCCUUUGGUGCUACAAUGUUGAUACCGGGAGAUACCUCUUUCAAAUGGCCGUGGAGUUUCGGAAAGAGAAGAUAUUCGAGCUGAUCUACGGGCUGGAUGACAGGAAAACCAUCCUGCUUAAGCUACCCGACAAAAACGAUAACUCCAUUCUUCACAUCGCUGGUUAUCUCUCCCCUCCCGAGGAACUCUCUCGGGUUGCAGGUGCGGCUCUCAAGAUGCAGAGAGAGCUUCAAUGGUUCAAGGAAAUAGAGAGGAUAGUGCCAGACAUAGAAAAGGAAAAGAGAAACAAAGAAGGACUCACCCCAUUACAGUUCUUUGAAAUAAAUCACGAACCGCUACGUAAGGAAGCCGAGAAAUGGAUGAAAGGCACUGCCUCUGCUUGCAGCGUCGUGGCCGCUCUCAUAGCCACCGUCACUUUUCAAGCCAUUUUCACCGUUCCGGGUGGCACCAAGGACGAUUCCGGCAUACCUUUCCAUCUCAAGGACGCUCCUUUCAUGGUGUUCGUCUUUGCCGAUAUCCUCUCCUUCUUCGCCUCUUGCACUUCUGUCCUCAUUCUCCUCGGCAUCCUCACCGACAGAUACGCUUUCGACGACUUUUUCGUGUCCUUGCCCUCGAAGAUGAUAGCUGGUCUAGCCACUCUGUUCAUCUCGGUUGCAGCCAUGCUCGUGGCCUUCUCCACUGCGCUUUUCACAACGCUGAAUAAGACGCCUUGGCUCGUGAUCCCGGUUAUCCCCUUGGCUUGCCUGCCUGCAACUCUCUUCGUACUGAUGCAAUAUCCUCUUUUCAAGGUGAUGAUUUCCUCCACGUACGGGAAAGGACUCUUCAACAAGGACACCAGACCUUGGUUCAAUUGAUGAUUAUGAUGUUGAUGAAGAAUCAUGAUGCCCUUUUCAUAUCUUACGCGUUUGUGUGUUUUGUAAUAAGAAAUAAAAAUUGUUUCCUUUGGAUUUGUUGUCAGAUCUUUGUUGUGGGUUUUUGCUGAAAUGCAAGUUGUGUCUCUUGCCAUAUAA